ACUUUGCUAUUAUUGUGCUAUUAAUAUUUUAUUAAUAUAUUAGAAAUUUCUACUAAUAUAUUUCUGUAUUUUAUAUUUUGUUUUCGCAAUAUUAAUAAAUCUUAAAUAUAAAAAGAAUUUCGAAAUGAACUGUUCAAGAUUAAGGAAUAAUAUUAUCACAUAAAAGAUAACGUUUAGUAUUUUUUAUAGUUUUUUUUUUUUAUUUGGAUGUAAGUUUUAACAGAAUACUCUAAGAGAAUAUAUUACUACUUAUAUUAUAGAAUAGUUUUUCAUUAUGAACAAGGACAGCAACAGAAGUGCAGCAGGACUGCGACGCUCAGCAAUUGCUGAAAGGAUUCGACUAAGAGAGGAAUGGUCAGCCCUCAAAGGUACAGAUAAUGCCACUACAUCAAAAAAGAAGACUACUGUCACAAGUAUAUUAGCCAAAAAGAGAAUAGCUACCAAGAAAACGGUUUUAACGAAUUCACAGAAAAACGAGGAUACUGCAAUUGAAAAUUUUGAAAAAGAAAUGAAAGCAACCAGCGAGGUGUUGCACGGCGUCGUCGCGUUAGUGGAGGUUGGCAACGAGAAGAAAGCACUGGCACUCAGAGCGGCGCUGACCGCGUUGGGAGCCACGGUGGUGCCAACUUGGAGCCCCAUUGUUACCCAUCUAGUGUGGGCGCAAGGCGGGUGCCGGCGGGCGCGGUCGCGAGGCCGAGCGCUGGCUAGCCAGCUGGUGUCGCCGCUGUGGGUGGAGGCGUGCGCGGCGGCUGGUGCGCGGCUGCCCGCGCGGGGCUUCCCCGCCGCCGCGCGAGCCUCCGACCUGCCCUCGCCGCGCACGCUGCGCGUCCUGCUGAAAAAGGCCGACAUGGAGAACGUACCGAUAGCCGAUCUACUAUCGGAAUCCGAAGAGAGAGAACUGAAACCGGCGCGACUGCGGCUGUCGAGCGAGACGGAACGCGACACGUCGGCCGACACGUCGCGCGACACGUCUAAAAACACAACCAAAUCGAGCGACACUUCCAAGGAUGCCACGGAUGUUGAAUCCCGCGUGAACACAGCGCCCCGCCGGGCGAUGCCCAAGUCUAUGAGCACGCCGCGACCGCGCAAGUCCAAGAGGAAGCUGUUCACACAGCGAGACGCUGACCUCACCAAGGACUCUGAAUCCGAUAACGAGCCGACGCUGGCUGGUCCCAAACGCGUGAACGCACCCAAGUUGACACAGAAGGACAGACGAGAUCUGGCCCGCGCGGAACGGAUAGCGCGACGAUUGGUCGCCGGCUGUACGCCCGUCGCUACACAGAAAGUAGCCGUGAAAUCGCUCAAACCGAGAAUUAUACUAACAGGCAUGGACCGUACGGAACGCCACACGGUAUGCGAGGCGAUACGCAAGCUAGACGGCCACGUACAGACAAGCGUCAACAAGCGUACCACGCACGUACUACUCGGCUCGUUCCGUGCUAACAACGUCCAAUGCUCCGGACUAUCCGUUAUGAAUAAACAAGAGAAAUCAUUAACCAGUGACAGUGCGCCAGUGAAUAAUGACCAUAAUACUAGUGUUAGAAUAAAUAAUCGAGUGAUAGAUAGGCUUGGCAAAAAUGCACGUACCUUCAACGCUUUAGCUGGGGCCGCUCGCGGCGCUAGAGUACUGUACGCACAGUGGGCGUUAGAUUCCUUGGAAGCCAAGCAGUGGUUACAUCACUACGGUUACGAAGUGCCACAUUUGAAGAAAAUUUCACUAAAAGCACGCGUCGAACGUACAGCUCUCGGGAAGUGUCACUCUGAAUACGCAUACGACAUCUUUAGUGGCAUGCGCGUACUAUUAAAAAGUACAGCUGAACAAAGGGACGCCGCGAAACAACUGCUAGAACUGUGCGGCGCGGUUGUACAAGAUGGCGGACACGCACAAAAUGGCGGCAGUUUUGACAUCACUAUCGGCGCGGGAAAUGGUGAAGUGAGCUCGAAGUGGGUGUUCGAUAGUGUUGCUUCAGCGAGAAUGAGGACUAUAAGGCGUUAUGUGGUGAGUGGGGUGGGUGGUAGGGAUGUGGGGACACAAGAAACGAUUAGGUAAUGUGCGGUGCUCAGUAUUGUUGGGUAAUAUUAUUGUUAUAAUGUCUAUAUACCGACUCAACAAUGAAUAAUUAUUGUUGUAUAUCUAUAAUCCAAUAUUUAAUGUCGAAAUUAAAUGAAUUUAUUUUGCUAGAAUGUAGGUAAUUUUAGAUGAUAGAGUUUUAUAUUUUCUGUGUACAUUCUGCCUCUAUGUCGGCGUGCAAAUUUUUAGCAGUAUAUAUAGGUAUACAUAUAUAUAAUAUAUGUAAAUUUUAUUUGUGAAAUGGCGCGAAAUCGAAUGAAGUUUUUAAAAUAAUAAACGUGUUCCAAAUUCAAAAUAAUUAAAGAGUUAAAAAAAAGUCUUUAUGUAACAGUAUUUAUAGCCAGACUAGUUAUAUCAAUUACUAGCGACCCGCCCCGGCUUCGCACAGAUGUACAUUACAUCACAUCACAUUAGAAACCUUAAAAAUUAUCAGUGUUUCUCUAUUAUGCAUGUAUUAUAAUAUUAAACCUUCCUCUUCAAUCACUCUAUCUAUUAAAAAAACCGCAUCCAAAUCCGUUGUGUAGUUUUAAAGAUCUAAGCAUAAAUAGGGACAGACAGACGAAAAGCGACUUUGUUUUAUACUAUGUACUGAUAAUUACUAGUACCGCAUUCGAGUAUUCUGACGCUUCCCUAAUGUUGACUGGGAGAAAAUGCUGUUAGCAUUAAGCCCGCUAUGUACACAUAUAUGUACUAAUGAAUAAAUAAAUAAAUAAAUAUCACAUCUCCCAUAUUUAGAACUAACAAAAUUUUUCAUCGUGCCUCCCACCAAAUUGUUUAUAAUUACUCCUCUCCAUCCAAAGGUUGCCUGGAAGAGAUCGCUCUUAGCGAUAAGGUCGCCCAUUGUUUUCUCAUUGUGAUUAUUUCUUGUAAUUAUUUAUAUUUAUAAUAAGUUUACUAUUAUAAUCUUUUGGAGGAAACAAUAAAGAGUAUCUAUCUAUCUAUCUAAAUGUACCUACAUAUCCAGCCGUCAAAAACAUAUACAUAUGUAUUAAUACAUAACAAAGAAAUAAUUGUUCACUGUGAUAUGUUAUAAUUUCGUUAAUAUGUUCUUGGAAUUGUGAAUCAUAUGAUUUUUUAAUGUAUUAUCACAUACCGUACUGUAUAUAGUGUAAUAAUAUACUGUGACGUCCAUGCAUUUGUUAAGGUAACGUUUACCACUCUCUAUUGUAUAAAAAUUAAGGAAUACCUAUUGUAUAAAAUAUAUAUACAUGUGGGAAAAUGUGAUCUAAUUUUUACUAU